GCCCUCGCGGGCUGUGGCCACGCGCGGCGGUUCCGCUUCCCCCUCCGGCUCCUGCCGCCGCCGCCUCGGUGGGUGCCGCCGCCGCCAUUGCAGAGGCGCCGUGUGGCGGCCGCGCCCCGCUGCCCGCUCGCCCGUCCCGGAGGCGGCCGGCGCCGCCCCAGCCCCGAGUGCAAGUUAAGCUCGGGAUAUUCAAAGAUACUUCACAACAAGAGCAGUUAAUCCAGUGCUAAUGUGCUGAGGCUCUUUGACACUGAUGCCCAGGCUGAGCACCGAGAAGCAGAAGUAAUUCCUUAGGCUCAGGAGUCCAGGAUUUUAUAUUUGCUCCCCUCCCUCUGGUUCAGAAUAAAAAAGCAAGAAUCUCCCAACCCUGAUGAGUUUGAGCCUUAGAGCUUAGCUGACACCUGGAACGUUCAUGGUGCUGCAUACCCUAAGAGAGCACUUGGAAUGCUGAGUUGGAUAGGAUGACGUUUACACUUGCUUAAUGCCUUAGGUUGAAAUCCUUGCUGCCUGCAAGACACGUGAGAACACUUGGCCAAAUUGCAGGAACUUGCUGCAAUAAACCAUGCAAUGAUAUGUUGCUUGUGUAUGUGCAUGACCUCUAAGACUACAGAAUAGAAAAUGUAUGACAGCAUGCAGGGCAAAGCAGAUGAAGGUCACAAAGUGGAUACUGGAGUGGGAGCACAGGACAGUGAUGUACAGAGCUGCUGUGCUCAGCUCAGCUUCUUUGGUGUGGUUUUAGCUGUUCUGUUCAACACAGAAUUACAGAUAUGAAGAGCUUGGAAACUCACAUUGACUUGAGGUACAACAGCUAUGGUUUGUGCUUGUUGUACUCCUCACUGCUGUUUGAUGUAGUGGGACGGGGUGAGCUUGUGCCAGUGACUGCAGAAUUUCUUCGUGUGCCCCAUUGAGGUGCCGUGUGCCUCUGCUGGGAGAGUUUAACACGCUAGGAUAACUCUAAACUUUGGAAGUGCAAUGAAGUUCUCCCUUAAUGUGACAAUCUUGGAGCGCUUGUGCCAGCUGUGGGUAGAAGUAGCGUCAACAAGGCUUUGUAGCCGGAGUCUGGGGAUGACUUUGCUGAUGCCAUCCUGCAAUGUGGAGCUGCUGUAGUAGAAAAAGACUGGGGCAACCCUUCCUGUUCUGCUUUCUCAGGGAUUUUUUUUUUUUGUUUGCUAAAUUCACAGCCUCGCUCCUAACUCAAGAUCUGCAUCAGAGUAUUGCUAGCUGUUAGCAGGGAAGCUCAUUUGCUGUUAUUUCCUGUGAGUGCCCACAGCCAGAAACAUGCUGUCUACCUUCCUGUUACCAAAGCAGCUCGGUGAGAUGGGCAUGGUGCCUCUCUGCUGCUGUGGGCAGCCCUGCCUGGGGCUGAGGCACAGAAACCUUGGCAAGCUGCUGAUGGCUGCAGGCUCAGCCAUGGCUGUACCGAUAGACCCUUGUUGUGGGGUAUUCUGGCAGCAGUAAAGUCUAGAAGCUGUGUGGACAGCUUCUUUCCUCACCUACCUAAUGCACAUGGCAGCCAGCGCCAGCUUUCCCAGCUCGUGGUGAGUGACCUUCCCCCAGCACAGAGACAGGAUGCUGCAGGGAGUCCUUCUCCAGUAUGAGUUUGGCUGUUGGGAGAAGUCACCGUAUCCAUCUGUGCUGCAGAGUAUGCUCAGAAAAUGGGCCAUGUCUGCCUAAGGCAUCUCUGUUUUAUGAUUUAAAGCUGUGCUCAGUUGCUUUUUGUAUUUACAGUCAUUGCAUUUGGUGUUUUUGUAGGUGAUGCUGUUUCUGGGCAAAUGUGUGAUCUGUGUUGGUAUGAAGAAGUAAGAUCCUGGGCUGGGGCUGUUCAGCAGGCUGCUCCAUGCAGCUGUAACCGUCUGCGUGUCCCCUGGUGUGCACGGCAGCAGGGAAUGGCACUUGGGAAGAGGCAGGAUUUCCUGUAGGGCAUUCCGUGCCCAACCGGCAUCGCUUUAUAGCACUGCAAGAAGAGCCGAGGGCUUGGCCGUGGGGCUGGUGAGCUGAACUCAAGUUCCCACUAUCUGCUGGCUGUAGCUGCAGUUAAAGCGAGGCUUGGCCAACUGCUGCACAGAAACAAAAGCUCGAUUCUUUGUGUGUGCAGGAUGCUAUUUCUCUCUCUUGUUUUUUUUUUUUUCUCUUUGUCUUUUCCCUCUUUUGUUCUUUUCCCCUUAGCUGCCAUUUGACAGCUCCAUCAGCAUGGUGGGAGAGUGAUGUAUCCUUAAUGGCUGGAUGCUUCUUUUCUUUGCCGUGCUGGCACACCCUGCAUGUCCACUAUUUUGGGGGUUAGAAACCAUUUUGCUUUCUACCAGAGUUGCUGCUGAUCUCUGUGCCACACCACAGCCUGACUUUUUUGGGAGGUGUCAGUCCAGGUUACAGUAGCUGUGUGUGCUGUUAGAAAUAGGAACACAAGCUGAGCUGUACAAAUGCCUUGCUCAGGUAACGUACCCUUUAUUCAAAUAACUUUUGCUCUGGAAUGUGCUCCCUGCCUGUAAUGCCAAGUUUAAUUAAGAGAGGAUCUCAGGGAUGAGAUACAGACUUCAUUUUUCACUUCUCAUCAACUUUCCCUCCUUGCCUUUUUCCCCAUUCUCCUUUGAUCUUCAGAAAAUCUCAGCUCAUGGAAAUAAAGGCUCCACAGAGUCUUCAAGGUAGAGAAAUAUGAGUAAGCACAAGCACCUUGAAUCCCAGAUUUGCAUGCGCUGUGCUUGCUGCAGGCUGUCUUUCUUCAGUUGACUCAGGUUUUCACCUCGGUAGAGCAGGGGUGAGGAAUUUCCUUGUUGAGCACUGAAUAGGCUUUUCAAACACCUUUGAGCCCGCUCUGUCAUUAUGCAGCAUUGCACAAUGGUUCGUUGAAGCCAAACCCUGGCUGUGGGCUGCAUGAAACAGAGAAGUGUGGCCCGAGCUCAGCGGGUGGGCGGCAGCUGGGCCUGCAGCAGGGUGCUGGAACCCCUCCCUUUGGGCUCCUGCUCCACAUGCCCUCAGGGCCGGCUUUCUGCACUAAGGUGGAAAUGGGUACCUGCGGGUCCAUCCUGUUCCUGUUGUCUGCUGUCAGCUUGCAGCGAUGAUGUUGUGGCCUCACCUUGGGAGUCUUCCUGCCAUGCUUGGGGAAAUGGAAGCAAGAAGUGACUCGUCGGCUGCCUUUGGGGCCUGUCAGGUGCUGCUGUUGCAGUGCUGGAGAUGAAGAAGGAAGAGAAGCAGUUUCUGAUUUAUUUAUGACAAAAUACACUGCUACGGUUCAGUAGUGCUGCGUUUCUACUGUGAGGAGGAAAUGAGAAUUCAGGUGGGAGUCAGCUGCUGGUUGUGGCUUACAGAGAUGGAUCACAAGGCUUACAGAUGGCUGCGACACGCAGGAAAGUGAAGUAUUGCUAAUUGGCUGGAAUUUUCUGUGCGCUGAUGGACCCUCACUGGGACUCCUGCACAUCCUGUCUCUGUUCUGUGCCUCUCUGAAUCUUCCCCCACUGAUAUCUGUUUCAGUCACAGCCCAGAGCUGAUAGUUCUGAAACGAUCUCCCUCCUCCCAGUUCAUAAAGUGAAACUUUGGGAGAAAACAUUUGUCCAUACCAAGGCUUUUGCUUAUCACUGUAUCUUCAGCUCGCUACGCAUGGCGUGAACUUGGCCUGGGUCAGAAAAGCAUAGACUGUUUUGCUUAUCUCUAUUACUGGGUAUCUGGAAGCUGUACUGUCCUGUGCCUGUGCUGAGGGCUGGCUGUGUGUCAGUGGUGUUCUCUGCAGGACAGGUCUGCCCCUGUAUGCUUCUGAGAAGUUGGGUCUGCUUUUCAUUCUAAAAUGAUACUCUAGAGCAUGUUUAGAGCGGGGCUUUGUGCAUCUGCAGAGUUCCAUAUGGGAUAACCAGUUGAAUUACCUUGGGUUGUAGCAUUCUCUGGCAUGGGGUUAGAAGGAUGUUCUCUAGAAAGAUCUCCCAGACCCUUAGUGACCCUUUCAAACUGUCUCCUUCACUUGGCAGUUAUAUGGCAGCUGUUUCUCUCUGGGCUGUGUUUUCCCUUCUGUUUUUGGGUGAGUCAGCAAAAAUCAAAAGGGAAUCAAGCAGUUGGAAGAAGAUAAAAUGGAAGGAAUUGAGCUGGUUAUGUUGCAGUGUGGGCGUCAUCCCAUCUGAUCUGCAGGAGGCUGAGGUUCUCCUGUGUUGUUGGUAGGGUGGCAACGUGAUGCACUGCCUCUGUUGCGUGCAGCUGUAAGGGAAGUCAGCAGGAAAAGGCUGUUCAUAACAUUCAUGGUUGCCUCUUUGGCAGCUGUAAGCAGCAAACUGCUGCACGUGGCAGUUGAUAUUGCAGCAAUGACUGGCAGUGUGUUUGCACCUUCAGUGCCUUGUCAGGCAGUGACUUUGAUUAAUGCAGUAUGUCCUUGCAUAAAUCUUAAUGAAGAGUUCAUGUUGGAUGUGCUCAGAUUUUAUAUAUAUUAUAUACGCAUGUAAGCAGUUCUCUCAAUUGUAUCAUCUGAAAGGGUAUCUCGCUUGCUUAUGCUUGUAAUUUAGAGAGGUUUGUGCUUGGCUGGAAUAUUUCAGAUUAGCCUAGUUUCCUCUUCCCUCCCCAUAAAGGAAAGUUAAAUAAAAAUAACUGUUAGCUUUCAUGGGUGUGCGGUUUGGCACAGACCAAAUGCUUAUUUUAUCUGAGGCCUCUGAAGGUGGAAGGAGAUGUUUCAACAAGUCCCAUGGAGGCUGGCAGAGGCGCAGGGCUGGAGAGCUGCGUGCCGUUAGCACAUCUGCAUGAAGCGUAGGUGGAAGCCAUCACCCUGCUGGCUCUCACCGGCCACUAUCAGGGCUGCUCUUGGUCUUGCUUUCGCACAGGUCCUCUUUUGGCAGGCAGAAGAUCUGAGGCUGUGUUUGCCAAGUCUGUGAGAAAGUAAUUCUUUGCCUGCCACAACUUUUAAUACGACUUUUAGAGUUGAGAUGGAGAGAUAAGGGUUUUCAGUCACCAAAGGUACUCUUACGCUGUUCUAGAAACUCCUUUUUAGGUCAGAUUGAAUAAACCUGAUGCUGUUGGAAAGCAAAACCGUUGAGAAGAUGGUCUGAGAUUUGCUGGUGCUGUGGAUUUUUCUGCAGCACUGAAAUCAUCUGGGAUGGGUCUGUUUGCUCUAUUGUCCGGAAUAAAGAAGCAUCGAGGCUCGUCUCCUCCAGGAAGGUGUUCUGCUCAGGAAUGGUGGUGCUGGGAAGGCUGAAGACAAGAUAGCAAAUUGGAGUUCUCACUAGCCGUUCAGAACCAUGUCUGACAACGGAGAACUGGAAGACAAGCCACCAGCUCCUCCUGUGCGGAUGAGCAGUUAUGGGGGAAAGGACCCGUUGUCUGCCAACCACAGCUUGAAACCUCUGCCCUCCGUACCAGAAGAGAGAAAACCUAGGAAUAAAAUCAUCUCCAUAUUCUCUAGCACUGAAAAAGGAAGCAAGAAGAAGGAAAAGGAACGACCAGAAAUCUCCCCGCCGUCAGACUUUGAGCAUACUAUCCAUGUUGGCUUUGAUGCUGUCACUGGAGAGUUCACUGGAAUGCCAGAGCAAUGGGCUCGGUUGCUACAGACCUCAAACAUCACCAAGUUAGAACAGAAGAAAAACCCUCAGGCGGUACUAGAUGUGCUGAAAUUCUACGACUCCAAAGACACAGCAAAACAGAAAUAUCUGAGCUUUUCUGCUCCAGAAAAAGAUGGUUUCCCUUCAGGAACACCAACGACCAAUGCCAAAGGUUCAGAGCCAUCAACAGCUGUGGCAGAUGACGAUGACGAUGAUGAAGAAGCACCUCCUCCUAUUAUUGCUCCGCGGCCAGAUCACACGAAAUCGAUUUAUACACGGUCUGUAAUUGACCCCAUCCCUGCACCAGCUGGUGACGCUUCUGUUGAUGGUGGGACAAAAUCAGGUGAUAAGCAGAAAAAGAAGACCAAAAUGUCAGAUGAAGAGAUCAUGGAAAAACUACGUACCAUUGUGAGCAUAGGUGAUCCCAAGAAAAAAUACACCAGAUAUGAAAAAAUUGGGCAGGGGGCUUCAGGUACAGUUUUCACAGCUAUUGACGUGGCUACUGGGCAGGAGGUUGCUAUCAAACAGAUAAACCUGCAGAAACAGCCCAAGAAGGAGUUGAUUAUUAAUGAGAUCUUGGUAAUGAAGGAACUAAAGAACCCCAACAUAGUCAACUUCCUGGACAGUUACCUCGUAGGAGAUGAACUGUUUGUGGUGAUGGAGUAUCUAGCUGGAGGCUCACUAACAGAUGUGGUUACGGAAACAUGUAUGGAUGAAGCACAGAUUGCUGCUGUUUGCAGGGAGUGCUUGCAAGCGCUUGAGUUCCUCCAUGCCAACCAGGUCAUCCACAGAGAUAUAAAGAGCGACAACGUGCUGCUAGGAAUGGAUGGAUCAGUUAAACUAACCGACUUUGGUUUCUGUGCUCAGAUCACCCCAGAGCAGAGCAAGCGCAGCACUAUGGUUGGAACACCUUACUGGAUGGCUCCUGAAGUCGUCACACGGAAAGCCUAUGGCCCUAAAGUGGAUAUCUGGUCCCUAGGCAUCAUGGCUAUUGAGAUGGUGGAAGGAGAACCCCCGUACCUCAAUGAAAACCCCCUGAGGGCGUUAUAUUUGAUAGCAACUAACGGCACACCAGAGCUUCAGAACCCUGAGAAACUGUCCCCAAUAUUCCGGGAUUUCUUAAACCGAUGUUUGGAGAUGGAUGUUGAGAAAAGAGGAUCAGCCAAAGAAUUGCUACAGCAUCCCUUCUUGAAAUUGGCCAAACCUCUGUCUAGCUUGACGCCACUGAUCCUGGCAGCCAAAGAAGCAAUGAAGAGUAACCGCUAACAUUAUUGCCACGGCCUACAUUUAGUUUUGUUAUUUUUUUUUUUUUUUUUACAAAUCUUUUUAAUAUAUGAAAUUGUUACACUUCUGGUGGGAGGGAAGAGAUUUGGGGGGGGGUGGGGGGGUGGGGCGGGGGGAACAUCUGCAAAAGGGAAGCAACUCUCAUCCAGAAGACACCUGACAUAAAUUGUGGUGAAUCUAGUGAUCCCUUUCUGGGGUCCAGAAGGAAUUGAGGACUGAAUUACUGGCUUUUUUCUUCUUUUUUCCUCCCGACAGCCCAGAAAUGCCACUUAGCGUGCCCAGGGUUUUAAGGGCUUUAAUGACUUUACUGUAACAACUCCCAUUCAUUGUACCCUUUUGGGUGCUUUUAGUACUUGAAUGACCGAUUCAAGCUUUCAGAGAGCAGCACUAAUUUUACCAGCUGAUCUCUUUCAUUCUCCUCUUCCUCCCCUCUACCUGUAAAUUGAUCUAGUGAACUCCCAAAUAACAAGAUUCACAGCAAAUGUGACAAAUGUGAAGGUACAUCUUGCCCAUUAUACAGAUUAGCUGUCACUCAACUGUUUAAUUAACAACGUGGCUACUUAAAUAUAUCUCAUAUUGUGAUUUCUUUCUUUUUAAGACAUGUAUGGAGAGAGGGGGAAGAGAAGUAUUCAAAUGCUUUUCAUAUGCCUGUGCUCUGUGGACUAUUAAUCAAAGAUGUGGCUACUUUGUAGAAACCUCAUGGUUGGUCAAGUCUUUGGAUGUCAGUUUAUGGAUGUGUAGGUAAGGGUCAGGUAGUUUAUUUAUGAUCAAAUGAUCAGCUAUAGUCAGGGCAAGAAAAAAAUUCCAGCUGUCUUCCUGUGUGUUCUUUUUCCCAUUAGACUUGCUGGCCAGAAGCUUAAAGGGGUAUUUUGCUUGGUGUGGUGGGUGGUUCAAAAACAUGUAUUGUAUCUGUGCUCUGACUUGGGCUUUGGAAGUUAUGCUGGUGCCUUUGACUUUUUAUUUUACGUUUCCUUUCUUGUAUCAAAUACAUUUUUGUAUAUGUUGUAAUUUUCUUCCCCAAGCAAGUAAUGCAUCAAUGUAUGGAGUUGUCAGAAUUUAAGUAUUAGAGCUAUUUUAUUCCAGUUUUGUAUGUGCUCCGUUUGUAUUAAUGAAAUCAAAACAAGUCAUCAGAUCUGAGGACACUGAAGAUGCAGGAUUUCUCAAACAAAAGAAAACAAACACCUGGAAAUGCCAAAGUGCUGUUCUGAGAAGACAGAGGCUGAGAAGGGAGAACAGUGCCUUCAGACAUCCAUGGAGCUUAUUUAACUGGUUGGUUGGAAGCUGAAGAGACUUGAUGCAUCAUCACACUGACCCUUUCUCACUGCAGACAACACCAGCCAGAGUGGCUGAAGUUGAACAUUCAGUGCAAGAAAAAGUGCCUCCCUCUGAGGGACAGUGAGCGCCUUCAGCGACUGAUUUCUUGGUGUGUUAAUGGGGCAAGUGUAAAAGAGCCUGUGCCCCCGGCUUCUUUUAGUGCUACAGUCUAUGCAUUUCAACUUCCCAAACAGUUUAAUGAAGAACUAACUGUAGUUACAA